ACUGAAAAUAAGCAACCCCUCUUCGUGGACAACAGACAAGAAAGUAGAAACACUCCGAAACGAGAGAAACUGAUAACAUAACAUAGUUAUUUCCUGCUUCUUCACCACCGUCUCCUUCUGCUUCUGUCACUGUUCCUUUUCAUUUCUUUUCUUUUCUUCCAAUUUCAUCACCAAGACAUGUCCAUGUCCAUGUCCAUGUCCACACUUCCCUCCUCAACCUUCGCAAACUCCAAUCUCUCCCUCUCUACCUCCUUAUCCUCACAAAAGCUCCCACUUUUUCACACCCUUCAAGCCAAAUCCCUUCCCCUCCCCUUUCCUUAUCUGAGAAUUCAAACCCCACCACCAUACCUUCCCCCACCUCUCUGCAAGUCCCCGGAGGGCGCAGAGGCGGAGGCCGCGCCCCCGGAGGAAGAUGAGUGGCUGCAGAAGCUUCCGGAGAAGUCCAAGCCACUCUACUCCCACAGCCUCCCCUGCAUUGAGGCCUGGCUCCGGAACCUUGGCUUCUGCCAGAACAAUGAGGACAGGGCCCUCUGGGUCGUUCACAAGCCAGAUUGGCAUGCCGAGCUCUUCCUAGACCUUACUGAUCUAUACAUAAGGUAUUUGAAGAGUGGACCUGGGAAUCUUGAAAAAAAUAUGGAGAGGAGGUUUAGUUAUGCUUUAAGCAGAGAAGACAUUGAGAAUGCAGUACUUGGAGGACCAUAGCCAUUUUCCUAUCUAUAUGUCAAAUAUACAACAAUGGCUUAAUUCCUUGUUGGAAAUAGUUAGUCGAUUCAUAUGUUGAAUCUUUAACUUUCAUGUCAGCAUGUCUUGUAAAGAAAGGAUUACAGAAAAUCGUUACCCUUGCCCUUUACAACAUUCAUACUUUUGAGAUUUUCUUCUUGCAUUAACUAUUUUUCUUCUACACUCAA